CUUUGUUUGGUUUUGAGCUCGAUCUUUGGUCCUCACUACUUUAUACCAGACUUGACAUUUGAUGUCAAUAUCUUUUUUUAUUAAAUUCUAAAAUAAUUUGGUAACAUUUUGUGGAUGGAUUAGUGAUUCAGCAUCAGCAGCUCUCUACCACAAAUAAUCGGAUUUGCCUUUAUUAAAAAAAAAUCUCUAGAGAUGCUGCGCAUUGUGUAUGUUCCUGAUUUGUGAGUAGCCUAUAUAUUAAGUUUAAAUCUACGGCGGUAUUUAAAGUCCGUUUAUCAGAUAAAUAGAGACGGCUGCAGCUUGCCCGGGCUCGUGCACGUGUGUUUGAUGCGAGUCGUUCAGCACGCGCACAGCGGAUGUGUUUCUGCUCGGUCACUCUGUGCGGACACAGUAUGUCGAUAUGGAUCGAGUUUAAACAGUGGAAAUGUAAUAAAACGCUCAAGAGGUAAUGCUGUGUGUUUAAGCGACAUCGAUGGACGAUCGUGACUCGACGUCCCACACCAAAGUUCAACUGUCACAGAAUGGAAAUCGCAGGAUUGUUGGGUAUCAAGAGCAGUGAAGGAUACAUCUAUGCUGCCUUCAACAAUCGAUCAGAUGAAGGUGUCUCAGGAUACAGGAAGUUAAGGGUAGUCUGAAGAUAGAGAUGUUUUCCACAUCAAAGACAUCCAACAGGACUUUACCAACACACAUUCAGGUGUGUCAUCAGCCUUCAGCUGGAGACGGGAGGAUCGCGAGGCUUGAUUGACGGGCCUCGCCACUAAGGACCCUAUGGCAGAGCAGCAGCGCGAUACAGGUCCCUUCAUGUGAAUCUACCAUGGACCACAUGCUCUGUCAGGUGCUGGUCCUGGGUAUGGCUGUAAUGAUUGCCCGUGCAUGCCCCAAGUACUGUGUGUGCCAGAACCUGUCGGAGUCACUUGGGACCCUGUGCCCGGCUAAAGGCCUUCUCUUCGUGCCACCUGAUAUAGAUCGCAGCACAGUGGAGCUCCGGUUGGGGGGAAACUACAUCCUUCGAAUCACACAGCAGGACUUUGCCAACAUGACAGACUUGGUGGACCUUACGCUCUCCCGCAAUACAAUCAGCUAUAUUCAGCCCUUUUCCUUUGGGGACCUGGAGACUCUCCGUUCUCUUCAUAUGGAUAACAACCGUUUAGUGGAGUUGGGCCCAGAUGACCUCCGAGGGAUGGUCAGCCUGCAGCAUCUCAUCCUCAAUAACAACCAACUAGGUCGCAUCUCUGAGAGGGCUUUUGAAGACCUUGCCGGAUCACUUGAGGAUCUGGACUUGUCCUUCAACAACCUUCAGGCUCUGCCCUGGCAUUCAGUCCGACAGAUGAUCAACCUGCACCAGCUGAGCCUGGACCACAAUUUGUUGGACUACAUUCCAGAGGGGACCUUUGUGGAUCUGGAGAGGCUGGCCCGCUUGGACCUCACCUCUAACCGGCUUCAGAAGCUUCCGCCGGAUCCCAUCUUUGCCAGAGCGCAGGAUUCAGAGGUGAUGACCACACCGUUCGCCCCUCAGCUCUCACUCAGCAUAGGAGGGAAUCCGCUUCACUGCAACUGUGAAUUGCUUUGGUUCCGGCGUCUGGAGCGAGAUGAUGACCUGGAGACUUGCGCCUCGCCUCCUGGCUUGAAGGGCCGCUACUUCUGGAAUGUUCGAGAGGACGAGUUUUUGUGUGAGCAGCCACUGAUUACUCAACACACCCACAGGAUGCUUGUUCUCGAGGGGCAGACCGCCAGUCUACGGUGCGAAGCCAUCGGAGAUCCCACCCCAACUAUCCAUUGGGUGACCCCUGACGAUCAAUUGCUGGGCAACUCUUCCCGCACUGUGGUGUACCGCAAUGGGACCCUGCAGAUCCUAAUAACAACUUCAAAGGACUAUGGGACCUUCACCUGCAUUGCAGCCAACCUGGCUGGUGAAUCAACUGCUUCAGUGGAGCUGUCAAUUAUUCAGCUACCCCACAUAACCAACGGCACAGGCCAGGCAUCACAACCCAAGUCCCGUCUGUCAGACAUUACAGGGAGCUCAAGGACCAGUAAAGGUGCUCCCAAGAGCCAGCCAGAGAAAGCAGUGUCCGUGUCUGAGGUGACUGCUGUGUCUGCCUUGGUCAGGUGGUCCAUCAGCAAAACCGCUCCCAAAGUGAAAAUGUACCAGCUACAGUACAACUGCUCAGAUGAUGAGGUCCUUAUCUACAGGAUGAUUCCUUCCUCCAGUAAGGCCUUCCACGUCACCAACUUGGUAUCUGGGACUCGCUACGACCUGUGUGUGCUUGCGGCCUGGGACGACUCCGCCACCACGCUCACGGCCACCAACGUGGUAGGCUGCGUGCAGUUCUUCACCAGGGACGACUACCCACAAUGCCAGUCUCUACAUGGACAACUGCUGGGCGGCACCAUGAUCCUGGUGGUGGGCGGAGUGAUCGUGGCCACGCUGCUGGUGUUUAUCGUGGUUCUGAUGGUGCGCUAUAAGGCAGGGGAUGGCGGAGGGAGCAGUGAAGCCCCUGUCAGCAAGCUGAGCGACGUCAGUGAAACGUACUCUCAAACCAAUGGAGGACGGCUGGGGCAGAAUGGGGUACCUCUGCCGAUGCCCAAGCCCAAAGUGACCCUGCAGGACAAAGUGGUCAAAUUCAAGUCUGGUUCGCUCCAAAGCAGCUUGUCCUCCUCCUCCUCCUCUUCCUCCUCAGGUUCAGUAGAUACCACUUCCUACAGCCCCAACAGUGCCCUCGCCAACAUUUUGAGGUCUGCGCCUCCCAAGCCCCGCAACAACUUAGACCAGCUUCUAGGAGCCUUCACGUCACUGGAGCUUCGGGGCCAGGCCAAGGAGCCGCAAUUAUCCGGGAGCCCUGCGAGCGCGGCUGCUGCAGCUGCUACUUCAGCCCCAGCGGACCCUACUGACAAAGAGCCUCUGUUGGGCCGGACACUAGACUCACGGAUUAGCAAGUUGCUCAUGUUGCCUCUGGACUCCAAACCAAAGAGGAGCCAUUCGUUCGACAUGGGCGACUUCACGGUGUCCACGGCGCAGCAGCUGUGCUCGUAUCCGCGGCGGAUCAGCAGCAUCUGGACCAAACGCAGCCUGUCAGUGAAUGGCAUGCUGCUGCAGUGCGAUGAGGAAGGAGACAGCAGCGGGAGCAAAGGCACCAUCGAGAGCUCUGAUUGGGUUAUGGAGAGUACUGUAUAGGGGCUGAAAUGCACACGUUAUAUACUCCAUCCUGCAUGACAUGAAUUUUUUUUAUUGUUAUUGUUAUUCGCCUUGCCAUAACCAGAACAGGUAAAAAGUCAACGGUAUUCAGAGGGUGAAUUCACCGAACAGUUACACAGUCUAGAAUGUAGUAUUUCAGUGCAAAAUAAACCCCUGCUAAAUCUCGCAAAUCACCCACGGUCCAGCCAUCUUAGGUGUAUCUUCUUUCAGACAAACACAAUCAGAGAUAGAUUAAAAAAUAUCCUGGCUCUUCCAAGCUUUAUAAUGGUUGUGAAGGGGGGGAGGCACAUUUUGUAGCCAAAAAAAAAUGCAUCAUUUCAUCAUAAAAUUAAUCCAUACGGCUCCAGGGGGUUCAUAAAGGCCUUCUAAAGCUAAUAACUAGCUUCCGGAAGACGGCCAUACGCAACGAUUUGCGGUGGAAGAGCAACCUCUGACCCGAUGCAUGACGCAAUGACGAAUGCAGAAGCGCAGAAGCGCAAAACACUGGUCACGAAUUCGAAGUCUAAAACGAUAAUUUUUAAAGAGAACUGUCAGAGGAUUUCGAUAUAAGAGAAGAUGAGCUUGAGUUUGUUGUCUGGCCUUAUUUUUUUAACUGUGAGAGGCGUCUAAGGGUGCGUUCACACUUGUAGUUUGGUUUGCUUGGUUCGUUUGGUCUGGACCAAAAAAAACAUUUAGUCUUGGUCCACUUAGCAUUCAGAUUGGCAUUUUUAUCACUGAACCGAAAGAUAAUGAACCUAAAGUCACAGGGAGACAUUCACAAUCUGAUUGUUUGGCGUUUAUGACGUAUUGCCUAUUUUGAGACGGAACUUACCAAACAUCCAAAACAAGGCUGUGUGCUGAUAUAAAUGACCUUGUUGUAUGUAUGUAGCCUACAUAUGAUGGUAUUUUGACCAGCUGAGAAUUCGUGAAGAGCUUAUAAAAUGUGUAAAGGAGUCAAAACAGCCACAGGAAUCCCUCUGUCACAAACACAAACGAUUUGGAGAAGCGGUUCUGACGCCUGUACAGAACUGUGAUGGGCAACAUCACGACUAUGACGAGAAAAAACUGAUAUGCGUGAGCAUUCUGUCUUUUUUAGGGUCUCAUCUUGCUGUUUUUGGUUCGUUCACAUGUCUUUGGUUCAUGUUGCGUUCAUAUAUCAUUCAAACUGCACCAGAGUUGACCGAGACCCAUCUUUUUAGCUGUCUCGGUCCGCUUGUUUGGUGUGCACCAAGGUUCGGAUGGUAGUGUUCACACAAACAGAGUAAUUGAACCAGGGUUUGUUUUAAUUAAAAACAAACAUGCCAAGUGUGAACACACCCUAAAUUUACAGUACUCCUACAUCCUGCGUCAUACAUCGUGUCACAGGUUACUCAUUUGGUGCAAGUCAACUUGCGCAGUAAGCGUACGGUCGUCUGCCGGAAGCUAGUUAUUUGAAUUUAUAAAGUUUUAAAUUUGGAUAUUUUUCUUACAAAAACAUGUCACCUCAUUUCAAAAGGGAGCCAUAUGGAUUAUUUUUUAUAAUUAAUUUUUUUUGGGGCUUCCAAAUCUGCCCCCCACCAUUAUAAAGCUUGGAAGAGCCAGGAUAUUUUUAAAAUAUAUCUCAAUUGUGUUCGUCUGAAAGAAGAUAGUCAUAUACACCUAGGAUGGCUUGAGGGUGAGUAAAUCAUGGGAUAAUUUUCAUUUUUGGGUGAACUAUCCCUUUAAGACCUGUGCACAUCUAGGACGAUAACUAAUGAUUUGGUUCUAAAAUAGUCCACAUCACAACUAUAAUGAUAACGGCACAGAGGAACGGUAUCACUGUCACUUUCAGAACGAUUUUUGCAGCUGUAAAAACAUUGAUAGCCAAUCAGAAUCCAUCCUGCUUUAAAGAGCUCAAGCAUUUAAAGCAGCAGAUGACAAAACUGCAGGCCAUGCUUGUAAUAAACAGAACGAUGUCGUGAGUUAGUGUGGAUGCUAAUAUAGUUAUAUAAUAUAUUAUAUAAUAGUUAUAGCUAAUAUAUCAUUAUCUUUAUAGUCAUCGUUGCUUGUGUGAACGGGCCUUUGCCUGGUGCAGUUACCGUCGCACUAUUACUGCCCCUUACGAAAAAGAAGUAUACUUCAAGUUGUAUUUUAUCAAGUAUACUUAAGUAAUGUUUAAGUAUGUUUUUUUAAGUAUAGUAAGUAUACUAGUAUCAGUGUACUAGUAGUAAACUUGUAAGUGUACUAUUUUAAUACUGAUUGGGACUAAAUUGCCCCAAUUGAAGUAUACGUUUAAGUGUACUAUAAGUGUAACAGUAGUAAAGUACACAACUAGUUCACAGCUUCAUUUCUCAUUUGUACUGCAUCUGUACUACAAGUGAACUUGUAUAUUAGCAGUUUACUAUUUUAAUACUAGUAGUACAUUUUUAGUAUAUGAAAGUACACUUUGAAAUAUACUCUCAGUAAACUACUAGUUUAGUUCAAGUAUACUUGUAAGUCUUCUUUAAGUGGUUAUAGUUUACUUUUUAUAUAUCAUUUUUGCACUUUAAGUAUACUACUAUGUUCCUAUUUAGGUAUUAUAUUUUAUACUUGAAAUACUGUACUUUAACUCUUUACAUUUUAAAAACAUUUUAUUCUAACUUCAUUAAUCCUUUUUUGUCAACACUUAAAUGUGGGUAAGUUUCAUUUGAAAAAAAAAAAGAAAAGAAAAAAGAAAACAUUUUAAACAAAACGCUGAGAAAAUUGCAUUUUUGUCAAAGACUGUGUCCGGAUGGGAUUCAGAAUGAUGAUCAAACACAGGUGGAGUAGAUCGAGUCCAUAAACACCCCCAAAGCUUCAUAGUCCACAUAACGGUUGGCAGUUUUUAUUUAUAUGCUGUUUAAUGUUUGAUGAUCGCUUUAUUUUAUAUUUGCGUGAGUAAUCUAAUAUCGCUUGUUUCAGCUUCUUCUCUUGCAUUUUGAUCUGGAGAUUCUGUACUCUUUCAGAAGAUGCGUAACAGCGCCCCCUACCGUAUAGCCUAAAAAUUCAGUCAAUGGCGAGGAAAGAGUGAAGUAGAUUUGAAGUAAAUUCCUCUGUACACUACCAGUGGACUAGCCUACAAAAAAAUUCAGAUACUCAGAAUUAGGAAUAUAUCAGUUUUCUUUAUAAAUCAAUAUUUUCCAAAAAUGUACUUUUAUACUAUACUUUUAUAAUAUACUUUUAAGUAUAUCUCGAUCAAAAGACUGAAUCCAAGUAUAGGCCAAAUAUACUUAGACUUUUCUGUCAGUAUAAGUCAAGUAUACUUAAGUGCAAUUUUAAGUAAAUUUCUCAGAAGUACAUAAAGUAUAUUUCUGAGAAGUAGCCUAUAUAAAAAGUAGACUGAAAGUAUACUUUCUUAUUUUUAGUAUGCUAAUAGCACACUUGAAUAAACUUUUUCGUAAGGGGCGUCCAGACGUUUAUUCAUAAGAGAUGAUUUUCUACCGCAGCAGUUAUUCAUCAAAUGGAGAAGAGCAUUAUAACAGACAGUGUGAUCUAGGGCUUUCAGUGUUUUAAAGAGCUGAUUCAGGUGUCUUGAUCACAGUGCUGAGCUGAUGCUGUAGAGUCACAGUGACGUCUGUCAGAUUGUCCUGAUGGUCUGCUGCAUCCUCCACAACUCAACACUCACAACUGACCCGCAAGGAGGGUGUCGUUAACAUGAUUUACAUAAUCACUGAACCUGCGCAGUGGUCGUGGUUCCUUCUUGGUGAAUUCCCCCUCAGUUUGCUCUGCUGACUCAUCAGUGUGAGAUGUGUGUGUGUGUGUGUGUGUGUGUGUGUGUGUGUGUGUGUGUGUGUGUGUGUGUGUCAUCUUUGUCUUAUUUGUGUCUGAAACUAUCGGACGGUUUGGAAUGAAUGUGGAAGAACUGUGGGAUAAACUCUUGUGCAACUGCAGUUUUUCAAGGUUGAUAUGAGAAUUGAUGCACAUAGACAGAGGAAAUUGUAGCAAAUUGCCAUGCCAAUGGUUUCUCUGAAGAACAAUAUAAAGACUCUAUGAAUAUCUUCUUGUGUAACACUGUUUAUAUGUGUAAUGAAUUUAAAAAUUUUAUAUUUUUUAUCUCAUUGUUCAAACGCUCCUCUUUCUUGAUGAAAGAGAAUUCCUGUAAUUUCACUGCAUUCAUCUCAUUCUCACUCCCUUCAAGCUCUCAUUUACUCAUUUUUUCCUGUGAGAAAUCGUGUACAAUUUCAAUGAAUCUUCAAGUAUUUGAAGCUGGUUGUUUACAUGUAAUGUUUUUCUAUAUUCAUGUAUUUACAAAGGUGAUGGAAUGACAUGAGACAUUAGAAAUGAAAAAAUAUCUUGAAACAUGA